UCGAGUUCGAAUCUUUUGUUUGGAGACUGAUUUCCACCAUGAGGAGGUUGACUUGGCUCUUCUUGAUCUCACUGCUAUUUUGGGGUCUUAAUAAUAGUGCUGUGAUUAAACGAAACCCGAAUUGCCUCUGUGGAGUGCGACAAGAAUCUAAAAUUGAAACCAGGAUCACCAAUGGCAAGGAGGCUGAUCCAAAUGAAUUUCCAUGGAUGGUGGGUCUUUUUAAGUCGCGGAACCAAGACCAUCCGAUUUGUGGAGGGGUUCUCAUCUCCGAUCGUCAUAUUUUGACGGCGGCCCAUUGUUUAGUGGAGACGAUCCGAUAUGGAUCGAUCUCGGAUCACAACGUUUUGAAUUAUGCCGAUGAAGGUCGAAAGAAACUCAUCCGUCCAUAUCGAGAUGUGCAAGUGAUUCAUCCCAAUUACGGCCGGACCAAGACGAAUAUUCCUAAGUUUGAUCUGGCCAUCCUUCAGUUUGUGUCGCCCGUGGUUUACUCAUUCUAUCCCAAGGUCAGGCCAAUUUGUUUGCCCAGUCCAUUGGAAUAUGCAGAAUAUGGACAUGCUUGGGCGGCGGGUUGGGGAAGAACUGCAUUUGACGGUCCACAAAGCGAUGUCCUUCUAAAAGCUCGUUUAAAUAUUACAACAAAUUCUGAUUGCGAAGGAUUUUUUAAGGAUACUAUCAUCAAGGAACAUUUGUGCACCCAAGGUUCAGAAACUGAUACUUGCCAGGGUGAUAGUGGAGGAGCUCUCAUUAAGGAACGUAGUCCGAACCAACUAACUGAUGACAUUCCGCGAUAUGAAGUGAUCGGAAUCACUUCCUGGGGCGCUGACGAUUGUGGCAAUGUCAAGCAAAGAGGUGGCUUUGCUCGAGUCUCGACCAUGUUGCCGUGGAUCUUUAGGAUGCUUCGAACGGGUCUGGGUGUGGUCCAAGUAUGUGACGGUCUCUUUGGCCAAUGGUUUCAUUCUACCUAGAAUCCAAAGUCGAGCUUUAAAUGAUUACACAGGCAAGCACAUUCAUCAUCCAGUUGUCCAAGAGAGCUUUGAAUAAACUUCACAAGUUGUAA